GAGCGUCGCAGUGAAAGGAGGUGCUGUAUUAAUAUUAACCCGAAAAUAAAUAAAAUUAAGCUGUUAUAAUGCCAUGUUGUGCAGUGAAAUGGUGUGGGAAAUGGAGCGCGACAUCUAGUCUAACGAAAGAUGGAAUCACAUUUCAUCGGUUUCCGAAGUGCCUUAAAAUAAAACAAAAGUGGAUUGACGCUACAAAACGAGAUGACAAUUGGUUUCCUGGGAAACACCACACAAUUUGUUCUCGACAUUUCACCAAGGAUUGUUUUCGCCCCAUAAGUGGAAAUCGGCGUUUACUGUUCGACAAUGCAGUGCCUACACAAAUGUUACCAUGUCUCCAAAGCGCGGACAAUUUCGCGGAGGCAUCAAUUUCGCCGAAACUCGAAAUUAAGGAGGAAAAAAUAUAUGCAUCGGCUUUACAAAAUUGUGUUAUUGCAACGUACACUCCCUUGGAUGAUAGUGUCCUUGCUACUUCUGUGAAAACUGAAACUGUUGACCAAGACAUAUUUAUACAACAACAGCAAAGUACCGGUAUUGAUGCACCAUCUUGUAUACCACCCUUCGACAGUACAUUGAGAAAUCGACAACUGAACAGGACUGUUAUUGACCUUACUCAAAAACUGAAGAAAAAAAACGUUGCAUUAAAACGUUUAAGGAGCUCGAACCGUGUGUUAAAACGGAAAGUGCUGAAAUUGCAGCAGCGUCUGCAAGAACUGGAAGAAAACAAUUAAUUUUACGGGAGAAAUCAAUAUAAGAUAUGAUUGGUCUUAAGAUUCUUAGAGAUCCUUUCGUUAAGUCAUAAAUAAAUGCCACAUCGAGCAAAGUUAGCCACACAAAAUAUUCCCGUGCCUUACGAAACUUUCCUUUCCCAUUACUUCUCCUCUACAAAAGCCUAUCAAUAUGUAAGAAAUGAGAUUCAAUACUUAACUUCCAU